GUGUUACCCAAAGACAAUCUUUCACUUUUGUUUGUAUCAUAGAGUACUCCUCAGUUUAUUUAAUUAGUUUCUAGGCAAUUUUUGAUUUUGUUCGAUUUGUUUCGGGAUUCGUAUUUUUAAAUGGGAAAGUAUUAAGGAAUUUGUAAAAUGCGUGUCAUUUAUUUGAAUCUUCAUAUUUGGUUCCUUUGGUUUCUGUCAUCUGUCACGUCGUCGUUUAGCUUUAUUUCUAACAAUUCGUCAAAUCUUACGCAAUGGAAUGGCGUUGAAAUAAAUAAAUAUCGCUCUCAUGAAGAUCUGAUAUCUAUUUUUCAGACCUUAGAAAGAGAUUUUCCGUUUAUUGCUAAAAGAGGAACCAUAGGCAAAUCAGUGCAGGGUAGGGAGUUGGUCUUCCUUCGGAUAACUGCAAAUGCUAGUGCACCUAGGCCUCUUGGGAGGCCAAUGUUUAAAUAUGUUGGUAACAUGCACGGAAAUGAAGCUGUUGGCAAAGAAAUGCUUAUUGCCUUAGCGGAGCAUCUGACACAAAACUAUGGAAAGGAUGUUGAAGUGACUAAGCUUAUUGAAUCCACAGAUAUAUAUAUCCUACCUAGUCUUAACCCUGAUGGUUUUGCCAAAGCAAAGGAAGGUGAUUGUUAUGGGUCAAACUCUUUUUCAGGAAGAGAAAACUCCAAUAACGUGGAUUUGAACAGAAACUUUCCAGACCGCCUUGAGAUCAAAGGAUCUCCAAAAAAUGUCGACGAAGAAUUAUUUAUCAAAGGCAGAGAGCCUGAAACGCUGGCCAUUAUGUUAUGGAUUGUCAAUAAUCCUUUUGUAUUAUCAGCAAAUCUUCACGGUGGUUCAGUUGUUGCUAGUUACCCUUUUGACGACACUGCUCUCCAUCGUGAAUGUUGCCUAGAGGGGAAAGCCCCGGACGACACUUUUUUCAAGCAUUUGGCCCGAGUUUACGCAUCAAAUCAUCUUUUCAUGCAUAAGGGCAACUUGUGUCAAGGAGAUAACUUUACAGACGGUAUCACCAACGGAGCGUUCUGGUACGAUGUUCCAGGUGGAAUGCAAGAUUUCAACUACGUCUUUUCCAAUUGUUUCGAAAUUACGGUCGAGCUAUCGUGUUGCAAGUAUCCAAAUGCCUCCAACCUUCAACUCGAGUGGCAAGGAAACCGCCAAAGCCUAAUCAGAUAUAUGCAGGCUGUUCAUUUGGGAGUGAAGGGCUUGGUGACUGAUCACCAGACGAAUGAAGCUAUUCCUAGGGCUCGGAUCACAGUUGUUGGUGUCGAAUAUGACGUGAAAACAACCAAUGAUGGGGAAUAUUGGCGACUCCUUCUACCAGGGAAUUAUUCGUUGCAAGUUUCCGCAUUUGGCUAUCAAGAUGUUGAAAUUCAUAACGUUUCGGUCAUGGAAGAUGCGCCUACCACACUAAACAUCAGAAUGACGCGUGCCAUCCCAGAUCUACCGGACAAGGACAGCAAAAUUUACAUGGAAUUCGGACACCACAACUAUACCGAAAUGGAAACAUUGCUAAAAAGAAUCACUGAGGCCUUCCCGACCAUUACACGGCUGUAUACCAUUGGACAAAGCAUACAAGGCCGCGAGCUUUAUGUCUUAGAGAUAUCUGAUAAUCCGGGCCAACACGAACCUAGCGAGCCGGAAUUUAAAUAUAUCGCAAAUAUGCACGGCAAUGAGGUUGUAGGACGUGAACUGAUUUUAAAUCUUGCCAUCACUUUAACCAAUGGUUAUGGUAGAGAUGACCGGAUCACAAAAUUAAUAGACUCAACACGUAUUCAUUUAAUGCCAUCAAUGAAUCCUGAUGGUUACGAAAUAGCCCUUGAAGGGGAUGAAAAUGGUGGCUAUGGACGGGGAAACGCCAACCAAGUCGAUUUGAAUCGUGAUUUUCCGGAUCAGUAUUUCCCUAAGGAUGAUAAUGCGAGCUUCCAACCUGAAACACUUGCGGUGAUGAAUUGGUCACAGUCCCUCCCGUUUGUUUUGUCUGCCAAUCUUCAUGGUGGUUCGCUGGUGGCCAAUUAUCCAUUCGAUGACAAUCCUCAGGGCAAGAGCAAGAUUGAUAGCCCUUCACCUGACGAUGCGCUCUUCCGCAAACUUGCCAAGACUUACAGCUAUGCACAUCCUACCAUGCACUUGGGGAAACCUUGCCAUCAGAGUCUUGCUGGCCGCUUAUUGGGUGUUCUCGACGAAUCCUUUAAGGAUGGAAUUACGAAUGGUGCUCACUGGUACAGCGUUUCCGGCGGCAUGCAAGAUUGGAACUACGUCCAUACAAAUGAUAUGGAAAUCACUGUGGAAGUGAGUUGCUUCAAAUAUCCAAAGGCUAAGGAUAUGAAGCACUAUUGGGAAUUGAACCGCCAGUCGCUCUUAGAGUACAUCGAGCAAGUUCAUCACGGUCUUAAGGGCUUUGUAAUGGACACAAAUGGUUUCCCCAUCUUUAAUGCUUCCAUAGCUGUGGCUGGUUUCGAAGGAAAAAAUGUCCGAAGCUAUAUUGAUGGCGACUACUGGAGACUCCUACUACCUGGUGAAUAUCACGUGACUGCUAGUGCAAUAGGGUUCCAGUCGCUCAGCAAAACCGUUAACGUGCCUUCAGAUGGAGCUGGUGUUGUAAAUUUUACACUGCAACGCGUCAAUGUUGGUGAAAUGAUUCGCCUUUCCAUACCGCCUUCACCAGGAAAAAUAAAUUCGCCAACAACAACUGUAUUACCUCCUAUCAAAGUUGUGCAACUGCCUUCUGAUGAACUAGAGAGUUUGCUGAAAAAGAAAGUCAAGCAGGCACCCAAUUUGCUAUGCUUAUACAGUGUAAAAUCACCAGAGCAGCAAUCGGAGCAGCCAGUAUGGGUAUUAGAAAUAGGAGAUGGAGCAGCUGCAAAUUGUGUCACACGAAAGCAGUCUAUCCAAAUGGGGACGGUUACCAAGCUUCACCAACCUAAAGUGCUGGUGGUUAAUGGAAUCGAUCGAGCAGCUGCUGCAUCAGGCCGGACAUUUCUGCUCAACCUGGUUGAUGCCUUAAUAUCUUCCGAGUCUGACGCGCUAAGCGUAAUCAAGAGUGUAUCGAUGCAUUUGAUUUUCGACGCCGACCCUUCUACGGCCGACGCGGAUUGUGCAACAACGUCAAGUGCCAAAACCAAUGCCGAAGAAGCUAUAAUUCAAUUUGUGGAACGGGAGAAGUUUACAAUGGUUUUGACUCCUGAAUUUCAAUGGAUUGGGAUCGCUGGAUCUUCAUUAUCGGGACUGAAGCAAUUCCGUGAAAAACAGUUAGUUGAAACCUACGACCACCAAAUGCAAGGGUCAAGCGAUUGUGCUCAGGGUGAGCGCCAAUCGUCCACGUUUCUCAAUCAUAUCAGUGAAGUCAGCAAUGGUAGCAUUGCGUUCCGCCUUGGGCUCUCUUGUUGCGCGGAGUCUCAUCAAACUAAUACCAUCCUUACUUCUCAUCGAGUUGCUCUGUUUCAACUGUUCCUCACAGCCCGUCAGGGUAUCGCUGGGGUGGUUACAAGCCAGUUCGGUCAACCACUUGCUGCUGUAAUUAAAGUAACUGCAGCACGAAGAGCAUUGAUUUCAUCUGCUGAUAGUUUGGUUGUUUCAACAACCCGAGACGGUCAGUUCUGGAUUGCUCUAGCUCGUGGGGAAUAUGCAAUUGAAAUUCUGUCGUCUGAUUACGUUAAAAAAACAAAGGUGGUGACAGUGUCAGAUGGCGGGGCCAGUCAGAUAGUCAUUCAGCUCUCACGAGACCAAAGAGUAGGCGGACUGCCACGUAUGGUUUUCGUCAUCCUAAUGGGUUCUCUACUUCUUUCGCUGCUGACAAUAGUACUGUGUUGCUGUUCUUGUUAUGAGAAACGCAAGGCUCAGCGUAAGAAGAAAUCUAGCCAAUGGGGUUUCCAGUUACUCCAGCAAACAGAUCGGGAGAACAUGGCACCCGUGCUGAUUGAUAGUAGCUCAAGCGAUGAAGAACUUUUUGUCCAGCAUUCGCAACAUCAGCAUUUCAAGAUGCGGCCACCGAUUCGAGCAGUGCAAGAAGGAUCGGGAGAUUCACCAUUCCGACCUAUUAGGCCAAAAGGCAAAGUUUUGGGAGCAAGAUUGGGUCAGUAUCGUGAUGAUACCUCGAGUAGUGAUGAGCUGGAGGAUUUUAAUAGCGCUACAUCUUCGAGCUUGGAAGAGGAGCAAUUGGUCGACCUUCGGAAGAGUUCUAGGCCUGCCAUGUGAUUCAACUAUAAUGGCCAGAGCAACUUAUUUCUCAAAUGUUAUUAUUUUUUUAAUUAGAUCUGAUUUUAACGUGUGAAGGUGAAUAAUGUAAUCCCGUAAUUUGCAAGUUUCCUGUUAUCUACCUAAUCAUGACGUGCCUUGUCAUCAUUACUUAUCUGGGAUAAUUAACACGUGUCUACUGCUGUAUUGUUGUACAGCAACGAAAACUAUGCACACAAUACUAUACACGGAGCGGGAAGAUGAAAUAAACGAAUUCGUGAAACUAAA